AUGUCCGCCAAACUAUUACGGUUUCUGCCUAGAUUUUUCCGUGGAAACAAGGACAAAGACAAAAUAUCCACGACUAAUAAAUUUUGUAAUUAUGUUGAAGCUGGGACAAAACCAGGGGAUUACAUUUGUCGGAUCCUACUUUUGGAUGACAAGGAGGUUAAUCUUGCAGUGAAGCCCAGUGCCAAAGGCAGCUCUUUGAUCCGCAAAGUCUUUGAUCAUGUUAAUCUCUUGGAGAGAGAUUAUUUUGGCUUGAGAUACCUCGACCAGAAUAAUCAACCACACUGGUUGGAUCCAAUUAAAAGUGUGUCUUCUCAAUUAAAAGGUGGAACUGCAUUCACUUUAUAUUUUGUAGUGAAGUUCUAUGCAGCUGAUCCUUGCAAAUUACGAGAAGAAAUUACAAGAUAUUAUUUUUUUCUGCAAGUAAAAAAAGACAUCUAUGAUGGACGAUUACCAGUGAGCUUUGAAGAAAUUAUUGAGCUGGCUGCUUAUAUUCUGCAAUCUGAACUUGGUGAUUAUAAUCCAAAGCUACAUACAGAAGGUUAUGUGUCUGAGUUUAGAUUUAUACAGCAUCAAACUAUUGAACAUGAACAAGCAAUUGCUGUUUUGCACCGGAGACUUGCUGGUCAAGUCCCUGCUGUUGCUGAGUACCGGUUCCUAGACAAGGCUAAGUGGCUGGAAAUGUAUGGAGUGGAUCUCCAUCCAGUCAAGGGCGAGGGCAAUAUGGAGUACAUGCUUGGCAUAACACCUACAGGAAUAGUAUUACAUAAAAAUAAGAAUAAAGUUGGCAAUUAUUUCUGGCCAAGAAUAACAAAGGUACGAUUCAAAGACAGAAUAUUCUCAAUAAAAGUGAAAGAUAGAAAUAAUGAUGAACACUGGUAUGCUUUUGAAUCUCCCAAUAAAGUGACAUGUAAACAUUUAUGGAAAUGCUGUGCUGAGCACCAUGCCUUCUUCAGUGCCCGAACAGAAAGAAUGAUAAAGGAAAACCAACAGAGCCGUGACCAGCCUGAGGUCAACAGAGUGGCCAGUAAAAAGCAUCAAAGACGAUCACAUUCCGAUCCCAAAAUUAGCGUGAGUUGCUAUGGUGAUCAAGCAUCUAAAGGUACAUUAUCAAUGACAAUCAGUCCAGAGAGUGUCAGAAUGCCUCGUCUGAGAAGUCUUCCAGAAUUACCCAGUAAGGAUUCUCCUCGCAGUACAAGAUCCUACCCUUGGGAAUCCAGUUCAGCUGGAGGGUUGUAUACAUCCGGAAAAGAUUCCCCUAUGUCUACAAAGAGUGAUAAACUCAAGUUCCAAGUUCAGAGGAGGGCCAUUUCUGGCAGUGACAGUGAAUCAAGCUACAAAAGAAGGUACACCACAAAUAAACGAGGGUCUGAUAAUGAAAGUGAGCAGUCUGUUUCCAGAAGACGAAGGAAAGAAAUCACAAGCAACAGUGAUUCUGAUGUAUCAUGUCGUCGACCACCACUCUACCCAUCUCGAGGGGGACUUAGCUCAGGUGACAAUUCACGGCCAAGUACUUUAAGAGAAGAUGCUGUAUCUCCUAUUCAUUCCACUGCCCCUGGUGCUGAGGGGGUACAAAAACGUAGGAGGAGACGUAGAAGUAAAUCUCCCAACAAAGGUCCACCAGAAGAAUUAAAGAACCAUUUUGUAUACAAUCUGGUUGAAACAGAUGACUGGUCUGAAGAUCAGCUGAAGGAAAUCCCUUAUACAAAAGUUGAAACAAAAUGUCAGCCAUAUCGAAUCAAACAUUCUCCAAAAUCCAAGCAUUACAGUAAGACUCGUGGCCGCAGUGGAGGAUACCAUGAAACAGAAGUGGUCCAACACUCAUCAACUGUACGUCAAGAUUCAUCUACAGUAGGAAAGUCUGCCAGAGAAAGUACACCUGGAAGAGAUACAGAUGGGAACCAGGAAGAUGGUCGACCAAAAUCUCAGACAGAUGAAACUGGUGUCAACAGAACUUCCUAUUGUUCUGAGAGUGGACCAACAGCUGCUGAAAGUGAUACUCCUGUUCAUCGUUCAAGUCGGCAAAGCUAUGGCCACUCUGACAGUGAUGCUGGACACACUCCAAGGCACUACAGGUCAAGUUGGCAGAGUUGUGCUGUAGCUGACAGUCCUAAUGCUGGUUCCUACACUCCUGCACGUGUAGCAAGGCGAAGCUAUGCUCAUCAUGAUGACAGCGAUUAUGGAAGCUACACCCCUGUGCAUCGAUCAAGGCAAAGUCAUUCCCGUGGAGAGAGGAGUGACCACAGCAGUGAUUAUCACACUCCUUCACACCGGUCACGUCAUGGAGAAGGGCGAAGUGGCAGUUCACAUUCUCAUCGCUCUAGACACAGUUCACAUGGUGAUCGAGAAUCCCAUUCCUCUAGAUCAAGACAUAGUCGCUGUCAUGAUGAGAAUGAUCCAGGACGUUCAAAGCCAAAUCGUGACCCAAAUCUAACAGUUGUCUUCCAUGAAGGGCAAACUAAUGAAAUGGCUACUGAACUUUGA